AUGCGUAUUAGCUUGCUGGGAGCAGUGGGUGCCAACACCAAGGCGGAUGCCCUGUCUAGGCUGUAUGACAAGGACCUGACUCCAGAUGCACCCAAGCCCAUCCUGCCCAGCACCUGCUUUGUGGCCCCCAUUCGUUGGCAGUUCGCACAGGACCUCCAGCAGGCCCAGACGGAGGAACCCAGUCUGGCUGACACCCCCCUAAGGCCUGUCCCCUUUCCAAUGUGUCCUAGGUUACCAGCCUACCUUGUUCCCCUGGCACCCUGCUUCCUCAGAGGUCCCUGCUGUGGAUUCCUGGUACCUGCAGAGGAUAUUCGCCUGAAACUACCCUCCAAGAAGUUCAGUCCCCAGUUUAUAGGCCCAUAUAAAAUCCUUCAGAGGAUCACCCCUGUCACUUACCAGCUACAGCUACCACCGCACUUGCGUAUCAACCCCACAUUUCACGUCUCCCUUCUCAAGCCCUACAGUACUUCCAUGAUCCAAGCCGCCCAGAGUGAACCAACACCCCCUCCACCGUACGCGGAUGGGGCCGAGGGCUACACCGUUCACGCCCUCCUGGAUUCCAAGUGCCGAAAUGGGGGGCUGUACUAUCUGGUGGCCUGGGAGGGGUAUGGUCCUGAGGAAUGUAGCUGUGUGCCAGCUCGCAACAUCCUCGACCCGUCUCUCAUUGCUGAUUUCCACCGGAACCAUCUGGACAAGCCGGCGCCCCGUCCUAGGGGCCACCCUCCCGCUCGUAGGGAGGGGGUACUGUCAUGCCCACACCUCAAUCGACAGCAACUGACUCCAAUCAAGCACCUGACUGCUCACCCUUUGAAAGACCCUCCUCAGCUCUCAUACCUUUGCGGAAUCUUGUCUGAGACAACUGUUCUCUUGCGCCAUGUCCUGCUCAUCUUCAUCCCUUGUUUCCUGUCUCCGUUCUCCGGUGUUCGACUCUUUGCUUCAUCCCCUUACCACAUCCUUGGAUCCUUGCUCCCACUCCGACAGCCGAUCGACCGACUCUUCGCCUGUCCCCGAAAACGAGAAUUUGCCAGACCCCUCAGUUCCAAACGAACGAUCCUGCACUUGGGUCCAACCACUGAAUUCCUUUUUCAGUACUUUAUGAAGACAGUUGUCUUGCUGGCACCAAGUCAAAACAGACAGGGUUUCCCCAGCAUACGGAUGUCAGAAAUGUUCUACUGGUCCCUAGGCAGCAUAGUGCUUUCACUACUGCUCACAGAAUCAGGUUGUCUUGAUCCUGCAGGAGCAAACGAAAGUGUGUUUCGACUUGUCAAUGGCUCUGACCAGUGCUCUGGUAGGGUGGAGCUGAAACUCUUUGGGCAGUGGGGGACAGUGUGUGAUGAUAACUGGGACAGACAAGAUGCAGCUGUCGUAUGCAAAAUGUUCAAUUGUGGAGGAUUUCACGGCGCAGUUGCCUUAGCUCACUUUGGAAUGGGCGAAGGUCCAGUGUGGCUUGAUAAUCUGCAGUGCUCAGGAUCAGAGGCAUCCCUACUGGAAUGUCCCCGUGCAAAUCUUGGAAAACACAACUGUAACCAUAGUGAAGAUGCUGGUGUCAUAUGUUCAGAUGUUGAUGUGCGCCUUGUUAAUGGUCCUGACCGCUGCUCCGGGAGAGUAGAGAUACAACUUUCUGGAAUAUGGGGGACGGUGUGUGGAGACUCCUGGGAUAUGAUGACAGCCAAUGUAGUGUGCAGGAUGUUGGGAUGCGGGGGAGUUAAAGAUGCUUCUGGAUCAGCUCACUUUGGGAGAGGCCAAGACCCUAUCUGGCUGGAGGACCUGUGGUGCUCUGGAUCAGAGGCCUCCCUUCUGGACUGUCGCUACAGUGGCCUGUUGUCACACAACUGUAAUCAUGAUAGAGAUGCUGGAGUCAUAUGUUCUGAUGCCAUAAAGAAUACCUCAUUGUAUGUGAAUUCCUCUGGAGAAAUACUGGAGGGCAGUUCAGUGACUCUGACCUGCAGCAGUGAAGCCAAACCACCAGUGAACAGAUACACCUGGUUUAAGAAGAAAGGAGAUGAAAUUUUAAAAAGAGGAUCAGGGCAAAAUUACACUAUUUCUAACAUGAGAUAUGAAGACAGUGCACAAUACUUCUGUCAAGGGCAGAAUGAUAUCGGGAGAGAUGCAUCUCCCCUGAUGCAUUUCAAUGUACUGUAUGCUCCAAAAGAUACCUUCAUAUCAAUCAGUCCAUCUAGUGUUGCACUUGAGGGCAGUUCAGUGACUCUGACCUGCAGCAGCAAAGCCAACCCACCAGUGGACACAUAUACCUGGUUUAAGAAGAAUGGAAAUAAACACUCAGAGAGGGGAUCAGGACAGAAUUACAUCAUCACAAACAUCAGGUCUGAAGAUAGCGGAGUAUACUACUGUGUGGCGAAAAAUAAACAUGGAGUUGCAAAGUCUUCGCCCGUGUCUUUAAAUGUUCUGUGUGUCGAUGUGCGUCUUGUCAAUGGCUCAAACUACUGUUCUGGGAGGUUGGAGGUACAGCUUUCUGGACAGUGGGGGACGGUGUGUGACAACUCCUGGGACAUGAGUGAUGCCAAUGUGGUAUGCAGGAUGCUAGGAUGUGGUGAAGCUAAAAAGACUUCUGGGUCAACUCACUUUGGCAACAGUAAAGGUCCAGUUUGGCUGGAUGAAGUGCAGUGUUUUGGAUCAGAGACCUCUCUGCAGGAAUGUCACCAUGGAGUCUUGUUGCCAAUUAACUGUAACCCUGGAAAACUAGUUAGUGUUGCAUGUAAUGGGAAAUCGAAAACACCCGUGGCUCUCAUUGUGAUGGGUGUUGUGAUGGGCGUCCAAACUCUGGCAUUUGUUAUUUACCUCAUGAGGAAAAAGACAGAAGCUAGAAUUGAAGGUUUACAGACUGCCAACCCACAGACCUGUGAGAGCACUUAUGAAACUCUUAAUGUAAAAGACAAGUCUUGUGAUUAUGACACUUUGAAUGUAAAGAAUGCAGAUAAAGGCACAGAGGCUACAAAAACAAGCCCCCGGAAAAACAAUUCAGCAUAAGGAUUAUUCAGCUGAGUAUUCUGAGAACCUACCAGAAAGUAACAUUUAAAAUUUGUGUCAAAUGACUGUUAAAAAAUAUGGCUACAAUUCCUGCAUAGUUCAUAUACCUCACAUAUAAAUAACUUCUUAGAUGUUACUCCACUUUAGCUUUACCUUCUACUACUGUCAUGCCACCAGUGGCGCAGUGGGUUGGGCCACAGUC